AAUGGAAUGCAUUCGUUGUUUUUCAUUUACUCUAAAUAUUAUUAGAUAUCGGAUUAAUGAUUAAUUCAUGUGUGCAACUUGUAUCGUACCUAUAAUAUUGCAUUCCAAGAAAAGCGAAAAAUAUAUAUAUAUACAUACAUGCAUAUAUAUAAAUAUAUACUAUAUGUAAAUGUAAAGUCAUUACAAAAAUGA